CGCCCCUCGGGCGGUGGCGCCACGCAACGCGCGUGCGCGGCCAUGGCGGCGACCUGCGCCGAGAUGGAGCCGGCGGCGGCGCCUCCUCCCUCUCCUCCGCCUCCCGCCGCCGCACCGGGCUCGGCCGAGCUGGUGUGCGCGCAGGGCCGGAACCUGAAGGCGGUGCUGUGCCAGCGCUGCGGCUCCCGGGUGCUGCUGCCCGGCGCCGCUACCUUCGCCCGCCGUGAGCUCCUCCUGCCCGCCAUGAGGAAGAAGGCGGCGGCGGCGGCAGCGGGCGGCGGCGGGGACGUGGUGCGGGAGCACUGGCUGGUGCGCGACAUGUUCUCCUUCGAAAACGUGGGCUUCACCCGCGACGUGGGCAACGUCAAGUUCCUGGUGUGCGCCGACUGCGAGGCGGGGCCCAUCGGCUGGCACUGCCUCGACGACAAGGACAGUUUCUACGUGGCGCUGGAGCGCGUGGCCCACGAGUGACACCGGGGCUGGGGACGGGGGUGAUGGCCCUGGCCCCUGCUCGGGGAGCUGGGCUUGGCCACCAGGAACCCCGCCCGCCCUGCUGCCUGACCGUGACAGACUGAGCCAAGGCCAAGCAGACUGACUGUGGCUUGGCCACCCCACAGCCUUGCUGAUGGCAGCUUGCGGCCCUGCGGCUGGACUGGCCAUGGCCCAGCUGAUCACCCCACAGCCCAGAUCCACGGACUGACCAGCACCAAGAAGCGCAGCUCCAGCACAGCCAGCUCCUCACUGAGCCCCCACGGGAAGGACGGGGCUGACAGGUCCCCCAUGACCUGCAGGGACAGCUCACCCUGACGAUUUUGCCAAAUAGUUUGAUCUGCCGCUCUCGCUACAAGUGGCCCCAGGCCUUCCUGGCUGCUCUCUGUCACUUCUUCCUUGUGUGGCUGCUGUGUUUCAAACAUGCUAAGGUGUCUUUCAGGCUGGUGGGUUUGUGACACAGCCAUGUAAAUGUGGGUGCUGGCAGAAGGGCAAGGGGGGGUCAGGACUGUUGCACUGAAUCAUGGCAGCUUAAAGUGUCUGAACUACACCCAAAGCAGUUACAGGGUUUAAGGCUGUAUCUUCUGUUGCUUUUCAGAAGAAAUGUUCCCUGCCCUAAACUCAUACCAUUUAGGUUCUCUAAAACCUCAUCCUACUUGAUAACUGUAACCUGUAAGAGUAUGUGGCACCUAAUGUGUGUGUAAGGCAUUUUAACUAACAUCGUAUGCAGUUUUAUUAACUGAGUACUUGGAAAUAAGAUACAGGUAGAGUUUGCAGACAGCAUAGGCUGAAAUAACGGCAAAUAAAGAAAAUGUACAAGACCAUAGUAUUUCCAGGCAGCAAGAAUGAAGAGAUUCCAACCUGAAAAGGAUUUGAAUCAUUGGACAAGCAGUGUCCAGUGACUGCAUGUCUCAGUGCUGAAGAAUGUCAAAACAGCUGUGCGUGUAUUAAACAGAGAAGUCAGGAAGGAAUUUUUCUUAUGUAAAAGCAGCUGGUAGGAGCAAUGCUGGGAUAUUUGGUCUCUGCCUUUUAAAAGAUGGGCACAAAGCUGCUUGAAAAUUGAAGGAGGCUGCAGCAGCCAUGGUUCUCACUGUAUUUAUCUUCUGGUAAUUGUGGUCCAGUUGGCAUUCUCUGUUUGCAAACCCCUGUAUGAAUAAUAUAGCAGCUUUACAGUGAUCAGCUGGGGUCACAGAGGACAUGCCUUACUGCAGGAGGUGUAUCGGUAUGCUGUGCUAAUAAACACGUGGUACCAAGGCAGCUGUAAAGGCACAACUGUCAUUGCGCUGGGAUGGCAAAGUUAUAUUUGCCACAAAAAUCAAGAUUGGUUGUACUUAAAGAUUAGCGGUGUUGCUCCUGCAAGGCUGUGCGAGAGACCUUUUCCUCGCUCCUCUGCUGUAACAGUUUUGCUGUAAGGCAGGCACAGCCUCAGGUAGAUUUUCCAGAAAGGCAUCUUGGCAGUGGGUGAGGGAGAAGCCAGUCCCCCCUUCUUCCAGUGCAUGAGCAGCUGCACUGCUAAGAUUUGGAGACUCUGCCUUCACACGGAAGUAGAACAACCAAGAUGUUGGCUGUUCUGGGGCUGCUCUGUUAGAAACCUCUGCUGUGGGCAGUCAAGAUUUAUUAAUGGGAGGGAGAGAGGUCUAACUCCGCAGUCUGGUAAUUAAGGCUCUUGCUUGGGUAGGAGGCAAGUCUUGUGCUGUGUCCUUGGUAAAUGUGUCAGGUGCACAUUUGACACAAAAACUGCUUUCCUGUACCCAGAAGGGCAGGAGAGCUUCAUUUGGGUUCCAUGCAGGCACAAAGAAAUAGGGGGAUCGCAUCACUUCAAUUUCACACUUUCACUUAGAUUGUUGUCUAUUUGGGAAUGCGUUUUGACCUGUAAUACCUAGAUUAUAGUCUGUGUUACUAAAAUAUAAAAUGUACUGCACAAUAGUUCAUUUUGAAGACACCACUGUGCAGAACAGGCUUGUGGAUAUCAGCUUGAUUAAUGCUGAGUAAAUGAUACUGCUCAAAAAAAUUGUACAUGUGGAUUGCUGAUACUGGGGAGAAGAAGGAGCUGGGGUGAUGGCAGCAGCUUUUCCACUUAGCAGAAUGCUGCUUGGAGGGAUGGGAGACAUCUGGUCAAAGGUCUUCUACACAUCAGCACUGCAGUGAUCUGAAUCCGCUUCAGUGUGGUGUGGCUCAUUGGUGGUGAGUAACGAAAGCUCGUCUUGCCCUUCAGUGUGAGGGAAGAGAUGUGCUGAACGGAUACAUCUUUCAUGGGAUCCAGGUUUGGUUCCUGCUGACUUUUAAAUAUGAAGUAGGAUCACACGGAUUGUGGAAAUGCUAAGAAGUAGUCUGUUAGGAAGGGAGGAAAUUCACGGGAGGAAACUUUUGUGCCAUGAGAUCCUGGGAUCUUUCAAGCUCAGGUAGGAUCUAGACUUCCUGUGGCUUGGAGAAGCUGUGACAGACACCCUUGAAGUCCAAGCAGCACAGGACCGACCUGGUGUUGGUGAAGGGGCAGCCAUGCAACAGAUGCUGCUGCUCAGGAGCCUGGGCUAAUUCAUAUCCUGAGAGGUAACGUGGGAUUUAUGAAGGGGAAAAAAAUGGUGAAGAGGGAAAGGCACCAUCACUUUGUGGAAUUUGAGCCCAGGCAGUUGCACUGUGAUGUUAAUCAAGCUUUAGAGGAAGAAUGUCUGCAGUCAGCAAACCUGCCUUUGGGGGAAGGUCUGCUGUGUUUGUGCAACAGACAGCAAUAUCAGGUUUGGGAGCAUCUAAUGAAGCGCUGAAUGGUUUUUGUGUUAAUGAGAGCUAAUAAAAAUUUGGAUAGUCUCACAAAUAAA